AUGGUACGAAUUAUCGUGUGGUUCAUAACAUUCGAAAUGAUAUUACAUUUCAUCCAUGUUCAUGCAGUGCUUGCCGUCAAUCCAGAUUUAUUCAAUACUCUCAAUGAGUAUCAGUUAGCGAGUGUAUCUUAUGUAAAUGGCAAAUUGUUUUAUAUGAAAUAUUUGUUGGUCUUUGGAAUUCCGGCUUGGUUCGCUUUGGCUGAUGGUCUGAAACCUCCAGCGGGACCAGUAUGCAUAUCUCGUAUCAGCAAAUAUUCGCAGAUGUGGCGCAAUUUCGAUAGAGGCCUAUAUAUAUUCCUCAAGAAACAAGUAUACAUACCGGUAUCAGGUAAUCCGAGCAGUAAAUACUUCUCACUACGUCGUUUCGCUGCAUUGGGAUGUGUAUUUCUCUUUGUACUUGCGUGGCAUGGAACUUCCUCAAAUUAUUUUUACUGGGUUCUACUUAACGCUCUCGAAAUAUGCAUGGAGUGGUUUGGAACAGUAUUAUAUGAAACUGCUUUCUACGGCAAGAUCCAGAAAUUUUUGGGGCCCAGAGGAGAACGACGGCUUAUCGCAUAUUUGAUGACAAUUACUGUUGUGCCCGGAAUUUUCGGUGUAUUUUUUUUUCUGAGUCGAAAAGAAAUUGGAAUUAUUAUUUUUAAACGCUUGUAUGUCAAUUUAAUUGGUGCAGUUUUCUUGGAUUUGCCCUACAGGUCACUUUAUUAUUAUGCGAUAGCUGCGCAUUUCGUAAUACUUGGAUAUUGCUUUAAUCACGUUUGCCUUGAGCUCGAAAAAUAUCACACCGACAAACGGGUUCCGAAGGAUGAAGUCAAACAAAAAGUAGUGAAACGUUAUAUUCAGGACAAAUAUUCGGGGAAUAGCGCUGUGCUCGUGUUAGUGGGUUUUGGGAAAUCGUGUAGCAAACUAAAAUUUUUGGAAUUUGUGAAGCCGUUUUGCGGUUUUGUGCCGGAAGUGUCAAAACCUGAAAGAAAAAUUCAGUUUCGCGAAAAAAUGUUAUGGACAGCAAUUACAUUAUUCGUAUUUCUUGUUUGCUGCCAGAUACCUUUAUUUGAUCCAUUUUACUGGCUUCGGGUGAUCUUGGCCUCAAAUAGAGGAACGCUUAUGGAGCUUGGCAUUUCACCUAUUGUGACGUCUGGUCUAAUAAUGCAAUUAUUAGCAGGCGCAAAAAUCAUUGAAGUGGGAGAUACUCCAAAGGAACGCGCACUUUUCAAUGGCGCACAGAAAUUGUUUGGUAUGGUAAUUACGAUUGGACAAGCCAUUGUUUAUGUGGCAUCUGGUUUGUAUGGAGACCCUACGGAAAUUGGUGCUGGUAUUUGUUUGCUCAUUGUUAUUCAGUUGGUUGUAGCAGGUCUUAUUGUUUUGCUUCUGGAUGAGUUGUUACAGAAAGGAUAUGGACUAGGCUCGGGUAUUUCAUUGUUCAUUGCAACAAAUAUUUGUGAGACAAUUGUUUGGAAAGCUUUUUCACCAGCUACAUUGAAUACCGGUCGGGGCACCGAAUUUGAAGGCGCGAUCAUUGCUCUUUUUCAUUUGCUUGCUACCCGGAAUGAUAAAAUUCGAGCAUUGCGUGAAGCGUUUUAUCGACCAAAUCUGCCAAAUCUGAUGAAUUUAAUGGCUACGGUACUUGUGUUUGCUGUAGUCAUAUACUUUCAGGGAUUCCGAGUUGAUUUGCCAAUCAAGAGUGCGCGGUAUCGUGGGCAGUACAGUUCUUAUCCAAUUAAACUUUUUUAUACGUCAAACAUUCCAAUCAUCCUUCAAUCUGCUCUCGUAUCUAAUUUAUAUGUAAUUUCACAAAUGUUGGCAGCAAAGUUUGGCGGCAAUAUUCUGGUGAAUUUGUUAGGUACGUGGUCAGAUGCAGGCGGCUAUCGAAGUUAUCCAACCGGUGGCAUUUGUUAUUACUUGUCACCCCCAGAAACGCUGGCACAUGUUAUUGAGGAUCCUAUGCACUGCGUUGUAUACAUUGUUUUCAUGUUAGGUUCAUGCGCUUUCUUCUCAAAAACAUGGAUAGACGUAUCUGGGAGUAGCGCCAAAGAUGUUGCAAAACAGUUAAAAGAGCAACAAAUGGUUAUGAGAGGUCAUCGCGAGAAAUCAAUGAUUCAUGAGUUAAAUCGAUAUAUUCCAACAGCAGCUGCAUUUGGUGGUUUAUGUAUUGGAGCUUUAUCAGUCACUGCUGAUUUUAUGGGUGCGAUCGGCAGUGGUACUGGCAUUUUGUUGGCAGUAACAAUAAUAUACCAGUAUUUUGAAAUAUUUGUUAAGGAGCAACAAGAAAUGGGAGGUGUAGCGGGAAUGUUUUUCUAA